AUGAUUCAUGGAAGAUCACAUCGCGUGCCUUCAGCCAAUGACGAAACAACACCUUCAUUGAAAUUAGAUGCAUGUGAUCUGUUGGCUCAUCGGGAUUUGUGUUGUAAAAUUAAUCAAUUUAUUCAUGAUGAAAAGGACUCGAUUCAACAUCAUCCCUACUCGAAAUAUCUCCAAAACUCAAAUUAUUUUCAACACAAUUCAUUAUUCAUACAAUUACUUCAAAAACAACGAACCACUUCUCAAGAUCUUGUAAAACUUGUCUUUGCAAAAGAAGAAUUUAUUCGACGCUUGAAAGAAAAGGGCAAGAAUCGAGAGGAAAGAAUGGACUCCAUGCAGUUGGCUCGAUUUUUAGAACAACAUCCAUUGCCAUGUAAUCAUGACAAGACAUUCAUGUUGGAAGCCAUCAUUGAUUGUCAUCAAUGUUAUUUAUUUCAAUACGCUUCAAGAAAAUUACAAAAUGAUCGAGAAUUUGUUUUGAAAAUUGUUUCACAUUUUGGACCUUCCUUACAAUUUGUUUCUGAUGCGUUGAGAAAUGAUCGUGAAAUAGCUUUGGCAGCAAUUUCUGAAAGACCUUAUGCUUUUAAAUUUGCAUCCCAAGAAUGGAAGAAUGAUCGUGAAAUAGUUCGAGCUGCUCUAACUGGGAAAGGUUCUUGUAUCAUUUCUCUUGUGGAAUGUGAUGAAUCGAUUCAACGAGAUGAGGAGAUUAUGCAACUAGCAGUCAAAAGAAAUGGAAAUUCUUUAUCCAGUGCGUUACAUUGUAUUAAAAGUUCCUUUCCAGUCGUAUUUCAAGCAGUUUCACAGAACGGAUUGGCACUCCAAUAUGCAUCCUUGGAAUUACGAAAUGAUCGAGAAAUUGUAUUGCAAGCGGUUUCACAGAAUGGCUUUGCAUUGGAACAUGCUUCACACGAGUUACGAAAUGAUCGAGAGAUUAUUAUGAAAGCUCUGUCGUGGAAUGGAACUCUUUUGGAGUUGGCAUCAGAGGAAUUACAAUCAGAUUUUGAUAUAGUCAUGCAUGCUGUGAAACAAAAUGGUCAUGCAUUGCAAUAUGCCAGCGAGUCUUUGAGAAAUGAUGAACGAUUGAAAACGAAGCAUCCAAACAUGUGGGACAGUCUCUGA